AUGGACAACCCACCACCAGUUAUCACCGGCAAGCCUACCAUAUUCUUCGAUAACCACCCGGAACAACAAGAAUCUUAUCUAGGAUCCUACUACUCUUCCCUCAAGUCGACGCUCUACACCGCCUUCACCGGCCACGUAACGAAAUUCCACCCACCAGGCCAACUCCGCAUCAUCUGGUGGACCAACGACGGAGCUCGCGGAAUGCAAGACUACGACCUGCACAAAUACGCAUUGGUGCGUGAUAACUUCUAUGCAUUGGAUGCGAUGAAAGAGGUUACGCGUGUGAUCAUCAUGGGGUAUCCGGGCCAAAAUCCUUAUAUGUUGGACGACGCCGACAAGUUUGGGAAGAAGGGCAAGGGAUGGAAGGAUUUGAGUGAGGCCGAGAUGAGGGCGAAGAAGGCGAAGGGAGAGGAGAUGAUGAACCAGACUGCUGAGGGAAGAACGGGCAAGUUGAUUGACAUUGAUGGGGUUAUUGAGAAGAGUGAGGAGAUUGAGGAGGAAAAGAUGAGGGCUAAGAGGGAGCAGAAGUGGAAGGAGAAUGAUGGUUUGAUGAGUGGGGAGAUGGUUUGA